CAGAUCAACUGUAAACUAGUUAUCAGACAUGAGCAAGAGAGCGCUGGCCUGCAGGAGAGACUGCAGAAUGCUCUUUCCCACAACAAAACACUACAAAGCCAACUCAACGAAAUGAAAAGAAAGAUGGCCGAGUCUGACUGCAAGAGCAAAGAAGAGGUGAUGGCAGUCCGUCUAAGAGAAGCUGACAGCAUGGCCUCUAUGGCUGAACUCCGGCAAAAGAUAGCCGAGCUAGAAAUACAGAAAGAGGAGGGAUUGAUCCAAGGCCAGCUGAAUCACUCAGACUCCAGACAGUAUAUAACUCAACUGAGAGAGCAGAUCGCUGAACUCAAGAAUGAGAUCAGGCGGCUACGUGGACAGCCCUCCAAGUUCCAGAAUAGCGGUGGAGGCGUAUAUCAGGACCUAUGUUUGGAAAGCCCAGCAUCUGCAGAAGGUGAUUACCUCAGUUCGGACGAGGACCCUCUUCAGAGCCACUUGCCUCUAACCUCCCUGUAUCCGCACCAUUCGUCACCUCAUCUGGACAGUCAAGGCAGCACGGACAGCGACGGCGAGGAAAGGAACCCCAUUCAAACCCCCUGCCAAGAUCCUCUGCCUAACCAGCAGCAGCUUUACCCGGGCAUGGUGUGCACCGAAGGACUCGAGAACUGAGAUGGCUUGAAAUGGACUGAAUUUGGAGUUCUGUAUAACAAAUACCAACAUGCAUACACACACAAACUGUCCUCCUCUCUUGAGUGCCAGAAAGUUUGGUCAUUUUUGCCAUUUUCUCUUUUCAAAGAAAACAGUGUGGCCUUGAAACUACCUCUGAUUUAACCAGACACUCACUCAGUCCCUGUGAGCAUACCAACUUCUCCAAUACAACAGCCAUCUGGCUAGAAAUGAGGUGACAGAGGAAAGAAAAAGCAAGCAGGAUACACACCUUCUGGUACACAAGUUUGCAGCAUCCUGUCAAAACAUGGGAUUGUCUUUGUCACGCUCAGUUGGCGCCUAACGGAGGGACCAUCUCUACUGUUUGUUUAGAGGAUAGCAGCAGAUUUGGUGCCUCUCUCAGCCUGGACGUUCUUCGUUUUUCUGUCUUGUUCCUGUGGAGAGGAUGUGCACCUUUUAUGUUUAUCUGAAACGCAACAGACACUAUAAUCCCUUUAAUGGGAGGUGAAGGCCGAAUGAGAGAAAAUAGGAGUGAACAAAGUCUUAUUAUAUAACGCAAUAGGGAUGUUAAUAGUUACAUGCAUAGAUGAAUAUUACCGUAGCUCAUCCAUGUAUUUGUGUGUGUUUUAUACAAAACAAAGAAGAGUGAUCAAACUUUUGGAUGGAAAAAAAAUCCAUUGCAAAAGAAAACUAUGUCAACAUUGCCAAAAGUUUUUUAUGUUAAUUGUUUAUUUCUUUUAUGUUUUUUUAAAUAAUGUUAAUGUACUUCAUGCAUACAGAGGCCAAACUAUUUAAUUUAUACUAUUCUUCUGUGCCAAUCCUGAAAAACAGCAUUAAGCUGAAACUACAGGGUCUCCAGAAAAGAGAGAACUUUAAAAAAGUGUAAAGAAAAGAAUAACAACUGCUGCUAUGACAUAUCUAGUUAGUGUUUUUUUUUUUUUUUUUUUUUUUAUGUUCACAAGCAUAACCCCUCUCUCAUGUAAAGUAGAUCUAUAAGUCCAAAAUAUACUGUGAAGUUAUUAUUGACUUGACGCUUACAAGCAACGAGUUUAUGUACAUUACAUAAAUACCCUCAAGCAACUAUAGGCUAUUGAUUUGGAUUUCACAUUUCUACUGUUAACCAUCUUAAGGCAGUUAUUGAUCCUGAUUUUUAUGGGUUUGUGCUAAAUCUAAAGCAACUUCCUGAAGCAUUUGUGAAGACUGUUGUUCUUGGUUGAUAUUGAAGAAAGUCUUCAUUUGUAGAGCUAAAGCUUGCUUGCAUUUGACUGAACUAUGAAAGGUUUUUCAAACAAACGUAACUACUAAACUAAACUACAGUUCAUUGCAAAAUAAUGUGGGAUUUUGUAUAUACAUAUGCAUUAUAUUAUACAAAUAUUUCAUACUUGUAACAGGUUUCUUUCUUUUAGUCGAGUUGGGUCACUUACAUUUUUUUUUACCCACAAUUUCGUAACCUGUCUUGAAGAUUUCCAUCUGACUCAGUACUGUCUACGAUGCUGUGUUUGUCUGACCACACAUGGUACAUCAGUGUCAUUGCCUUUCCCCACCACUGCCUCAUUUUGCUAAAGCUUGUCAAUCGUUGCAUUUAUUAGACAUUUUACAUGUUUACAUGAUUUUCUGAGAACAAUACAUUGCCGACAUUUGCACCAUUUACUGGUUAUUGACCCAAAAACCAGUGAGAAGCUGCUCUCAGUCAUGUCUUUGACAGUAUGAUGCAUUACAAGACAUUGGAGUUUUGGGGAGAAGUAUUUACAGUAUGUGCUGAAUAUGUCAUGAAAACCAUUUAAGUGUGUUCAUAAAGCAUAUCUUCUUUCGAGUGGUUGUAAGUUCUCAAGGUUUCCUGGGGUUGCUGUUUUAACAUACCAGUGUGUUGUAUUGACUGAUACAAAAUUGUUUAUUAAUGGUUUGUGUCGAAUAGCUAGCUGUAGAGUUGAUAUUUUUCCCUUGAUCAAACCUAUAAUGCCCCUUGCACUGAUAAAAAAAAACUAUUUUAUAUACCUGUUAUACCUGAAAAAUAAAAAUUGACACAGACUAAGAAAUAACAGUGUGAAUAAGACCAAUAAUGAUAUUUUGUGCAAAUGGACUUGAGAUUUUAAAGGGGUCCUAUUAUGCUCUUUUACAAAGUCUUGAUUUUGU